UUGGCCUAUCUGUUUGCCCAUUUCUUUUCAGGUCGAUACUAGGCUUUAAACCUUAAACAAGGAAGAAAACUUCCGAGCCGAAAACAAAAAAAGGAAAGGCAAAAAUCGCGAAAACAGAGAACUAAAAGAUUUUUAUUUCUUUUAUUUUUAAUUUAAAUUUACUUAAAUAUAAAUAUUACUGUAUUUAGAAGGAGUACACUUGUGCAGUUCUAAAAGUUGGUAAAACACAAUGUCCAGAAAAGAACGAAAAAUCCGCCAAUACAGCAAGGAAGAUCUCCAACAGGCCUUAGAUGCAAUAGACAAAAAUAAUUUGAGCAUAUAUCGGGCAGCUCGACAGUUUAAAGUUCCUCGAUCAACUCUGUCCGCGUACAAGGACAACCGUAAUCGCACUGGUAGAAUGGGUCCAUCGUUAACGUUUACAACAGCCGAAGAAGAUCUGAUGGUUUCGUGGAUAUUGGACAUGUAUCGGAAGGGACUGAUAAUACGUAGACCGGACCUAAUUGAGGCAGCCCAAUGGAUUUUGGAAACUCAUCCCAGGAACAGGAAUUGUACCAGAGCACCUCGUGACAGUUGGUGCAGAGGAUUUGAAAAGCGGCAUCCUCAGAUUUCAUUACAUCUUCAGACAGAAGCGGAAAAGUCUCCUCAACUUUCGUCGUCACAGUGCUACGAACACAUCUUUCAACACUUGGACAAUUUAGACGUAUUUGACGAGCCUCGACGUAUUUUUAAAUACAACGAAAUCAAAUUCGGGUUGGGAACACAAUUGCUGAAACUGUUUGCAGGGAACGCAAACGAAGAAUUUCGUCCAGAUUUAAUCACGACUGGUUUGAUAACGUCUGCUGGCGGACAAAUAUCUUUCCCUAUGAUUGUAUACCCCUAUAAAGAAGCGGUGCCACCGGAUGUAGCUUCUAGUAUUCCAUUAUUUUAUGGUUGUGGAAACAAUCCAACAGGAAUGAUGUCGAAACAGACAUUUUUUUACUUUGUUACGAGAAUAUUUUACAAGUUUCUAGUACUGCAAAAGGUUUGCUUUCCAGUUAUGUUAUUUAUCGAUGGGACCAACCCAAAUGUAUCGCUGGAACUUUGGGAAGCUUGCCAAAAGCUUGAAAUUUGUCUGGUAGCAUAUAAUCCAUACGAUAGUUUGAAUAACAAAAAGCAUACGCCUGUUAUAACCUCGCUAACGAGGCAUGUACAAUCAAAACUUAGUGACGGGCUGUGUCGAUGGAAGGAAAUCUACCCGGAUUGCGUUAUAAAAGAGGAAAAUUACACCGAAUUGUUGCAACCAGUCAUGCAACUUGGCAUUAACAAGGAGCUAAUCGUUCAAGACUGGACGGAAUGUCCUUUCUACCAGUGGAUCUUGCAGCAUAGAAAUCAAAUAGAGGAAAUUGAAUUCGUUAGUGCUGACCGAGAAGAAAGCACUGACUAG